GUUAAUCAGCUGUAAAGUAUAAACAAGGCAGUUUUGACUCAAAGCAUUUGGAUCUCCAAUCUUCUUAUUUAAAUCUAUCUUUUAAUUUUAUUCACAACACUUUUUUUAUUAUAAUUAUGAGUUCAAAUGAUACUCGUGCUCUUUUUAUUGAAACUAAGAAACGACUGAUUGAAAGAUUAAAUGGAAAUAUCAACAAUUGGGGUUCGCUGGUCCGUCAAAUUGUCAGAGGAUCGAAAACACCUGAGUUACUGUCCCAAUGUACUAAAACAUUUGCCAACCAUGAACAUGCAAUAGGGAACACGGAAACGCAUAUCGAUAGAAUUUUGCAAGUCAACAAAUCGAUGCUACAACCUAUUGAACCCAAGUCAUUUGACUUAUGAGACUUUGUCCAAGAAGGAUUUUUUAUUUUUUAUGAUGUUAAAAGAUUGAUGGAAAUGAUCGAGAAUGGCAAAGAAAAUCGUGAAAUUAGGAGUUGAAUCAUAAAGUUAAGAAUUUUUAAUAUCAUCCGUCGAUUCAUUUUCUUUAAAAUCAUUUGUAACUUCUGGGUUGUCCACUUCAUCGUCCUCUGUGAUUGAUACAAUCGGAAUCAUCCAAAUUUUAGCAGAAUUAUCGAAAUUCACUGAUGAAACAAAAUGAUGGUCUUCAUCAUCUGAUUCAGUAGUUUCUGGUAAUCUCCGCUGACCAGAUGAAGUAACCAUUAAUGGGAGAGUUGGAUGUAAACUAACUCCAUUGACACUUUCAUUGUGGGCUUCAGUUUUUUUAAUUGGCUCAAGGUAUCCAUUUUGUUUGUUAUCAAGUUGAUUUGUAUUCCAAAAUAUAACCAUUCCAUCAUCACUACCAGAAACCAAUAAAUUGCCAUCAGAGGAAAUA